ACUUUUGAGCAAGUUGAAAAUCAAUAUAAAGACUUGCUUCGCAAUAAUGACCAGAAGCUUGAAAUUUUACAAAAUGAGUAAACAGAAUAGCGCCUUAAAAGUUGAGACUGCUCAACUUGAGAGACAACUCCAAAACUUUAAACUUCUUGAAAAAAAUUUUCUAGCCAGCCAAGUCGAAUAUAUUCAAGAAAGGUUGAAGCGGCCUUAUCACUUGUCGAUUUCUCCUUUAUUUACUCCGAAGUUGCCUAUUAAAAGAACCGAUUUUAAAAAUGAAAACGUGAUAGAAAUGGCACAACCGUCUCUCUCUAAAGUUGAUAGUUCACUCCACGUGGGCGCCACCUCUACAGUUGUUUACGAAACAGGAGAGAAAAAGCCGUUCGUUUAUGAAAACUUUGAAGAAAAUAGCAACCACCAGAACGAAGAAAAGCUUGAACCUUCCUUUCGGCUUUUAAGAAAUAAAGAAGAAAGCGAGUGCGAUUUUGUGCUUUGGUGCUUAGAUGGUUUGAGAAAUACUCAGCUGACCGUCAACGAGGUGGUCUCCCUUCUUAAAGACGAACGCAACGUCACAAAAAUCGAGUCUGUUCUUGACGGUGUUUUAAAUGUGUGGGACAGUGUUUCCCCCUCUUGUUCUUUUCUUAGUGGGGCUGGCCAGGAGCCGCAGCCAUCCGUCUAUGAGAAGGCUUUGCUCUCGGUCAUUCACGCUCUGCAGUUUCACUUUCAAAAGGAUCUUGUUAGUUUGCUACUGGACGGCUUACUCAUCCUCUUUGCCCAAACACUCAAUAUGUUCCACGUUUUGGAUAAGACUUGCCGACUUCCUCUGCUUCGGGUGUUCUGUCGUUCUUAUGCUGGCCUCUGUAAAAUGUCUUCCGACAUUCAUCGUCUCCGCAUUCUGACCUGCGACAUUCUUAUGGUUUCUUUCGCACCGGUUGUUCUGCUUUUAUUUCAAGCUGUCAGCAGUGUUUGGCCGGAUGUGUUCGGUAGUUUUUCCGACGUCCUUCUAACGACACAGUUAGAUCGUUUUCUCUCUAGCGCCAUAGCUGCUUCGGUGGGCGGAUUAGCAGUUUCGUUCGCACAAAAGAUUUCUAAAAACAAUCAGGAGGUUAUAAAGCUGGUGCUACAGGACUACGAGCAUCUUGCUCUAAAGUAUUCCUGGGAAAAAAUCACGGAUCCUACGUACCUCAAAUCGGUGUUCCUGCCUCACUCUGUCACGUUGUUUAGGAAACUCAGCUUUGCAGAAGAGAGUACUGAGCCUGUGCGUUUGAGUGAGGCCUCGUCAAACUUUGUUUUAGGUUUUUCUAUUGUUAUCAGCGCCAUCAUCAAAGAGGAGGGUUGGAAUAGCGCUUAUAACGCUGUGGUGGUUCGCCAUAUUAUUCCGCUGCUGAAAGAAGGCAACUGCUCCUUCCCCACUAUUGCGGCCAUAAUAAAGCUGCUGGGGUUUAUAGGAAGCGUUGGUUUGACGUUAGCUAAAAGUCCGGAAGCCACGCCACUGACUUUUAUUCGAGAUCUCGUGACCGCCUUUUUUAAUACUUCAAAAGCCACGUUUAUUAUAAAGUUGACGGCGGCGGAGGCUUUAUUGAAGCUUAAUUUUGAAAAAAAACAUUCUCGUGUCCUUCAAAGAUGGGCUUGUUCUUUGCCGGAAGAGCAGUAUAAGUUACUGGGAGAGGGCCUUCAACUCGUGGCUGGAAGAUCUUAGGCUUUUACUUUUCCUCAAAUGUGCAGUCUUACUUUUGGCUCUAUGCUCUGCUGCUCCCCGCCUCCUCCUUCAUUUUUCUGUGU